AAUGUUUUUAGUUUGUCGCCAUGUAUUUAAAACGUCGCUUUAUAUUUUAAAAGAAAUUUUAACCGUCUAUUAUGAAAAAAAAUGUACAAUUAAUGGUAAUUACAUUUUAACUCAAUUGGUAUCAUUAACCAUGGUGCUUUAUAAAACAUCUUACAAUGAAGAGAACUCGACUAAAACAGGGAACGCAAAUUUUUCAUCAACAUCAAAUAGCCAUAUAUCUUACUUACCAACACCAGAAAAUAAUUUAUUUGGUUACAAAUAUCUGCACUCUAAUGAAGAGUUAAACUUGGAUGUAACCCAUAAUGCGUUGUUUCCUCAUCUUCCAUUUUAUCAGCCAGUUUCACCUAUGCAAACAUCAAACAGAAACACUGAUUAUAAAAUUGAAAAUAAAGAACCAAACUUAAUUAUAAAAUGUGAAACUGAAAAAGACGCUUCAUAUUCUACAACGAAUAGAAAGUCUCGUAACCCGAGAACAAUAUACAGCAGCUAUCAACUUCGCGAACUCAACCGAAGAUUCUUUAAAACACAAUACCUUUCUCUGCCAGAGAAAGCAGAACUGGCAGAAACCCUGGGUUUAACACCAACUCAAGUAAAAAUUUGGUUUCAAAACAAAAGGUCGAAAUUUAAAAAAGUGGUUAGAGCUAAUACAAAUUUUUUAUCGACUGUUCCUGCCAAUCGAUUUCCGAACGGAAAUUUUCAAAUCACGUGGGACGAAAAUACAAAGCAAACGUUAGCUCCGUCUACAUAUAAUACUCUGCCUCUAAUUCAGAAUCAAAUACUUUCGAAUCAAAAUGUAUGGUAUUCUCCACAUCAGCUGACACCUACAGAGUAUUAAUAAAACAAUACUCUCAUAAAAUGAAUAAAUAAUAAAGUCGCAACUUAAUUUUACUUCAAUGAAAUACAGAGUGAUAAGAGAAUAAUACAUUACAGAUGUAUACAUUGAAUAAUAGUUUUUGGCAUUGGUGUCUUCAAAAUAAAAUUAAAAAAAGAUAUAAUAUUUUUCAGAUUUCGUAAA